ACAAGCCGGAGUGCAUGAUGGCGGCGUCGCUGCUGCGCCGGGACAAGAGAGCGAUAGCUGCCCGUUUAAAAGCCGACCUGAAUCGGACUGACAACAGCGCCGGGGUCCGGCAGCUUCGGGAGCUGCUCGAUUCGGUUCUGAAUCCCGAAAAGCCGGCGGCGGACACCGAGGCGCUGGACUGGUGCAAAUGCCUGAUCGCGGGGGGCGACGGUUUCGAGGAGUUCUGCAGGACGGUCCGCUCCUACGACAACGCCACUUUGUGCGGCUUGGUGUGGACGGCCAACUUCGUGGCGUACCGAUGCCGCACCUGCGGCAUCUCCCCCUGCAUGUCGCUCUGCGCCGAGUGCUUCAACAACGGGGACCACACGGGCCACGACUUCAACAUGUUCCGGAGCCAGGCCGGCGGGGCCUGCGACUGUGGAGACAGUAAUGUCAUGCGAGAGAGCGGGUUUUGCAGGCGGCAUCGGUUGAGGACGGGUGAGAAUGUCCCUUCUGUCCCGAGAGACCUCCUGCUGAUGUCCGAGAUGGUCCUUCCUCGCUUUAUCAUCUGCAUCAUCCAGUACUUAAGGGACGGAUACACUGAACCAGACACCUCAAGUGAGAGAGAUCUGCAGAAGGUCCUGCAACAACUGGACCCUCAGAUCUCCUUUCUAGAGGAGCUUACCAAAAUGGGAGGGGCAAUGAGGACUGUACUAACGAAGAUCCUGACCAAUCAGCAAACAUUCAAGGACCUAAGCAUGGGUCAAGAAGAGAACAUGUAUGCUAAAAAGAACUAUGAAAAGUAUUUGUCAGCGUUGAAGAAUUCAGGUCUGGUGUCUGUGGAGGAGAAGGCCCAGGCAGGUGCUGCAGACCUCACUGCUGGAGCUGAGGGAGGUGCAGUUGCAUUGGGCUUGCUGGGAGGCAUUUCACCCGGCAGUCCAGAUGAUUCUAGUAAAGAGGAGGACCAAGAUGGGGGACAGUCUGUUGGACAAAGAAAGAGGGUAAAGCUAAGUAGCACUACCAAAGACCCCUCUAUUAUGGACUCUCUUAAGCAUAAAUGCUUUUUGGAGGAGUUGCUGUUCUGGACAAUAAAAUAUGAGUUUCCUCAGAAGAUGGUCACCUUCCUGCUAAACAUGUUGCCAGAUCAGGACUACAAGAUCACCUUCACAAAGACAUUUGUUCAGCAUUAUGCGUUCAUCAUGAAAACACUGAUGAAGAGCCAUGAGUCGGACACCAUGUCCAACCGCAUCGUGCACAUCAGCGUGCAGCUGUUCAGCAACGAGGAGCUGGCACGGCACGUGACCGAGGAGUGCCAGCUGCUGGACAUCAUGGUCACAGUCCUCCUCUACAUGAUGGAGAGUUGCCUUAUCAAAAGUGAACUUCAGGAUGAAGAGAACAGUCGCCAUGUUGUGGUGAACUGUGGUGAGGCUCUGCUGAAGAACAACACUUACUGGCCUUUAGUUAGUGACUUUAUAAACAUCCUCUCACACCAAAGUGUAGCAAAAAAGUUCCUGGAGGACCAUUCGCUGUUGAUGCUGUGGAUGAGCUUCGUGUCAUUUUUCCAAGGGAUGAAUCUGAACAAGCGGGAGUUGAACGAACAUGUGGAGUUUGAGUCCCAGACAUACUAUGCAGCAUUUGCAGCAGAACUUGAGGCCUGCGCACAACCAAUGUGGGGUCUCUUAACACACUGCAAAGUCAAAGAGACGCAGGAAUACACGAAAACUGUAGUGCGCUACUGUUUGGAGACCAUGCAGAUCUGGUUUGACGCCAUUGGCUUCAUAGAUGAGCCUACACCAAAUCAAGUGACAUUUCACCUGCCGCUGCAUCGCUACUACGCCAUGUUCCUCAGCAAGGCUGUAAAGUGCCAGGGCCUGGACUUGGACAGUCUUCUCCCAGAUCAGGAGAUGCUGAUGAAGAUCAUGGUCCAUCCACUCCAAAUUCAGGCAAGCCUGUCGGAGAUCCACAGCAACAUGUGGGUCAGGAAUGGUCUGCAGAUCAAAGGACAGGCUAUGACAUAUGUGCAAUCUCACUUCUGCAACUCCAUGAUAGACCCUGACAUCUAUUUGCUCCAGGUUUGUGCAUCAAGGCUAGACCCUGACUACUUUAUUUCAUCCGUGUUUGAGAGGUUCAAAGUGGUUGAUCUACUGACCAUGGCGUCUCAGCAUCAGAAUGCCGUGCUGGACUCUGAACAGGAGAGGCCAAUGCUGGAAGGAGCGCUGACAUUCCUGGUCAUACUGACAAGUCUGCGCAUUCAUUUGGGAAUGGCGGAUGAUGAAAUCCUCAGAGCAGAGAUGGUCUCACAGUUGUGUAUGAAUGACCGCACACACAGCUCUCUCUUAGACCUUAUUCCAGAGAACCCCAACCCGAAGAGUGGCAUCGUACCAGGGAGCUGUAGCUUUGAGGAGAUGCUGUCUGCCGUGGCUGACUUCAAGGCCCCCGUGUUUGAACCAGGGGGCUCCAUGCAGCAGGGCAUGUACACGCCUAAAGCUGAGGUGUGGGAGAAGGAGUUCGACCCCAUCAUGGUUGUUCUCAGAACGGUCUAUCGACGGGAUGUCCAGUCAGCGAUGGAUAGAUAUGCAGCUUUCUUGAAACAGUCUGGCAUUCACACCGGCAACCCGUGGCCACCAUACAAGGAGAGGACUCCCCUACACCCAUGUUACAAAGGCCUUGUCAGGCUGUUGCACUGCAAGACUUUGCACAUCGUAAUCUUCACCCUCCUUUACAAGAUCUGGAUGGAUCAUCAGAACAUGUCUGAGCAUGUGCUGUGCAUGGUGCUGUACCUCAUUGAGCUGGGCUUGGACAACCAGGUUCAAGAAGAGGAUGAGGAACCUUGUAUUGAAGAGCACUGCCAUGACAGCUGGUUCCCUGGAACCAACCUCCUCUCCAAUCUGCACCAUGUCAUCAACUUUGUGAGGGUCAGGGUCCCUGAGACAGCCCCUGAAGUGAAGAGAGACCCCCCUCCCAGCACUAGCUCUGAAACCUCUUCUUUUGGUCAGAACCUGCGUGAGGCACAGGUCUUUAGCCUGGUGGCAGAGCGUAGGAGGAAGUUCCAGGAGAUCAUUAACCGCAGCAACACUGAAGCCACACAGGUCGUCAGGCCUAAGAGCUCGUCGACGCGCUGGGUCCCACCGGGCACACCGCCUCAGCUGGUCACCGAGAUCCUGGAGAUCCGAGAGAGCAUGCUGUCCCUCCUCAUCAAGCUGCACCAGAAGCUGUCGGCCAAGCAGAACUCUCUAUCGGCCACCUGGCUGGAGGACAUGGACACCAGCCGUCAUACUCACGGGGACGGCAUCACCGCCAUCGAGCGCAUCCUCACCAAGGCAGCCACGCGCAGCCGCCAAAGCAAGCGCAGCAUUCAGGAGAUCUGUGGCAAAGUGUGUCCCCCAGUGCCGCCAAAGAAGAACAGCCCUACUGACAAGAAAACCAUGGAUAAAGAAGAGAGACGCCAGAGGGCGAGAGAGAGACAGCAGAAGCUGCUUGCUGAAUUUGCCUCUCGGCAGAAGAGUUUCAUGGAGACGGCCAUGGAUGUGGAGUCCCCGGAUGCUGAGGCAGCCAUGGACCUCGGGUCAUCUGAGGUGAUGGAGUCUGAAGUUCUCUAUGACUGCGUGAUCUGUGGCCAGAGUGGCCCUUCUACCGAAGACCGACCCACCGGCCUGGUCGUUCUCCUCCAGGCGUCUUCAGUGCUGGGCCACCGCUGCAAAAGCGAAGAGGCGAAGAAGCUGCCAACCAGUGACGAGGAGCACAUCUACCCUGCUGACACGUGUGGGGCGGCGCAUGACGUCAGGCUCACCCUUAUGCAGCGCUUCUUCAAAGAUAGCUCUUGUCUGCAAUCUGUGUCUAUCGGCUGGGAUGGGGGUGUCUACGUCCAGACGUGUGGACACACCCUGCAUAUAGAUUGCCACAAGUCCUACAUGGAAUCUCUAAGGAAUGACCAGGUCCUGCAAGGCUUCUCCGUUGACAAGGGCGAAUUCACUUGUCCACUGUGUAGACAAUUCGCCAACAGCGUCCUUCCCUGUCGCCCUGGACAGGGCAUGGAGGCUGGUGCCUGGCACCCAUCUACGAACAAGAAGAUAUGUCAGCUGGUGAAUGAGGUGGAAGAUCUGCAGGAGCAACUGGGCCUUUUUCCAACGGAGUCCAACUUGAGUAAAGAGAUGGAGUUGGUCAUCAAAGAUAUAAAGAACACGACCCAGAAGAAGUACAUGGACUAUGGCAAGAACCCCGGCUCUCCUGAUAAUGAUUUCCUCUUCAUGUACUCUGUGGCUAGGACCAACCUGGAGUUGGAGCUCGUGCACCGGGGAGGAAACCUGUGCUCCGGAGGGGCCAGUGCAGCUGCCAAGCGUUCCUGUCUCAAUCAGCUGUUCCAUGUGCUGGCGAUGCACAUGCGUCUGUACAGCAUCGAUUCAGCCUACAACCCCUGGAGCAGGCUGACUCGGGUUACGCAAAGCAGAGAGGCAGACGGCUUCGAUGAAGAGAGACCCGAGGUGCCCAUGCUGUUCCGAGACGUCCCGUCCCUACUGAUUAUCUUCGUGCUGACCAUGCCACAGCCCCUCCGAAAAGAUCACUUCACCUGUGUAGUGAAGAUGCUCUACAACCUGCAGUACACCCAAGCCCUUGCCACGCUCUCAGCCAAGUUCAGCCCGGAGGAGAGGCAGGCCUGGAGCAUAUCUGGAGCACUCAAGAAGAAUGCCGCCAAUGCUGAGAAGUCUUUUGAAGCCCUACUCAGCCAUGUUGUCAGUGAGCUCUCCAAGGACAAAAGUGUCUACACGGCCAAAACUGAAGAAACGACGAUGCUGAGCUCCAGUGUGUGGUCCCCACAGUCCAUAGAGUUCAGCCUCCAGCAGUUCUGCCUGCCCUUCCUCCGCCUCUCCUGCCUCCUGCAGCAUCACCUCUACGGAGACAACCUGGCAGGCUGCUUGGAGGAGGAGGAGUUCUCAACCCUGGCUGUUUGUCUGGGGCUCAUAACCCCAGCCUCUCAGCCUUCCAACCCUAUGCACAGUGCCUCAUGUCUGGAGUGGGCAGUGAACGCCUUCGACCUGGUAAGCCAGUGGUGUGCCGAGGUCACGGGACUCUCAGAGACGCAGGCCGAGCAAUCUCUGACCUUGCUUGUCCAGGAUCCUGUGUGGGCGGCGCCCCGCCUCCUCCAGCUGCCUGACAGCUACAAUAUCAUCUUCCAGUACUAUCACAGAAAGGCCUGCACAGCCUGCAGAAAGGUGCCAAAGGACCCCGCGCUGUGCCUCGUCUGUGGCGCCUUCGUCUGUCUCAAGGGGCUGUGCUGCAAGCAGCAUGGUAUCUGUGAAUGUGUUUUGCACUCCCAACACUGUGGCGCGGCUACGGGCAUUUUCCUGCUGAUAAAUGCCUCGGUGAUAAUCAUUAUCCGUGGACAUCGUUUCUGCCUUUGGGGUUCUGUUUACCUGGAUGCCCAUGGAGAGGAGGACCGCGACUUACGCCGCGGCAAGCCGCUGUUCUUAUGCGAAGAGCGGUAUCGGGUGUUGGAGCAGCAGUGGGUUUCGCACACGUUCGACCACAUCAACAAGCGAUGGGGGCCUCAUUACAACGGACUCUAAGUUCUGCCGAUGACAAGCUACAGCCCCCGACGGAGAAGUUGUCUGGUUUAUGUGUCUGCCUCAAUUAAAACGAAAAAAAUUAAAAAAAAAAAAAAGAAUCCUUGGGAAGCUUAUGUGAUAUACACAAAUCAUGCAGUGAGGGUGUUGCUGCCACAGCCUUGGUUUAUGUGAAGUUUGGUGUACAAUCAUGCCUAAAGACUAACAAGUACGUGUGUUUAUUUUAACGAUUUACCGUGUGGUUUUCAACAGCGAGAGAAGGAAAUUGGCAAGCGAAAGCACAACUUUGCCCCUGAAACGAGACUCGUUCGGAAGAGGCUUCUGAAGCCCAUACUACAUGUUCGGCUGAGCUCCCCUUCUGAGUUUGAUUAUACAUAUUAUAUAUAUAUAUUUUUUUUUUUGGUCGCCAUUUAUAAGGUCAAUGCAUAUCCCUCACCCAUCAGAAUCUGCUCCGCCAUGCUGGCAUGAGGUCCGACCUGCAGACGAGUGCUGCCGUGCCGCUGCAGUGCCCUCGCGAUUGUUGAGUUGUAAAGGAGGGCGGGACAAGUCCAACCAUCAACACUAGAGUUUGUUGCAGACAAGCGAAGGCUCUCUUUUAUGGGUCUAGUUGCAAUCCAUCCUCAGGAAUUUUCUUUUUUCUUUUCUUUUCUUUUUUUUUUUUGCUGUUUAAAAUACAAAGUUUUAGGUAUUUAAAGAAAUGCUGCUGUUCAUUGUUUGAGUUUAGUAACUUUACCUUUUGUGAAGAUUGUUUUUUUUUUUUUUUUCUAAGGUUUUGCUUCGAGUUUAUAGUCGAUGGCUGGGAACGUUGAGUCAAAGCUCGCUUCAGUGUUGAGAGAAGCACGCGGUCGUUUCUACAUUGCUCUCAUUGCUGUCUUAUCUUAAGACAUUUUUUUAUCCGAGUCUUUUGAGUUUCGGUCGUUUCUGAGAAGAAACUCUUGAAAGGCAAAAAAAAUUUACAGGGGCUGCAAAACGUCAGGAAUGAGUUGCCGCCGCCGCCGCGAGGUACAUUCAUCCAGCUCUUCAUCGCCAGUGCUCCC